CAAGCGCUGAGUGAAACAGAGAAGGGGGGUGGCUGGUGUGAUUUGUUUGGUGUUCAGAGCCAAUAGAAAUCCCAGACUGUGAUAAUAUCCCCAUGCAGCGCCGAGAGGAUUCAGAGCUAAGUCUCCGGGCUCCUCUCACAUCUGCAGGAGCAGCCAGCCUGGGACCGCGCGGCGCGGGGCGCGCUCUCGCCUCUCCUGCACCCCCAGCCGGCGCGCUUCUCUUAUGGGCGUCUGCUGCAGUCCGGCUGCGGUCGAACGGAAAGCGGCAGCGGGAGGCCAAACUUAGACCCAGCUGUGGACUAUAGAGCUCAGAGGAGGCAGAGGGAGAGGGAGAGAGAGAGAGAGAGAGAAGGGACUCGAGGAGGAGGCUUCCAUCACGUCAUUGCAGAUUCAGCUGAAUACCAGAGGAAGGCUUUCUGAAGAUUGCUGCAGCUCUCCCUCAUCUCACAGAUUCUGUCCUGAGAACUCCAGCUGCCUUGAUCUCUUCAGAGUCGGUUUCAUCUUCUCAAUUCUGAAGUUUGUCGGGCUCCGCCUGAGUUUCCCCUUCCUGCAAUGCAACCUAGAAACUCUCUCAAAGCAGAUGUUCUGGAAGCUUUCCCUGUCCUUGUUCCUGGUGGCCGUGCUGGUGAAGGUGGCGGAAGCCCGGAAGAACCGGCCCGCGGGUGCCAUCCCCUCGCCUUACAAGGACGGCAGCAGCAACAACUCGGAGAGAUGGCAGCACCAGAUCAAGGAGGUGCUGGCCUCCAGCCAGGAGGCUCUGGUGGUCACCGAGCGCAAGUACCUCAAGAGUGACUGGUGCAAGACGCAGCCGCUGCGGCAGACGGUGAGCGAGGAGGGCUGCCGGAGCCGCACCAUCCUCAACCGCUUCUGCUACGGCCAGUGCAACUCCUUCUACAUCCCGCGGCACGUGAAGAAGGAGGAGGAGUCCUUCCAGUCCUGCGCCUUCUGCAAGCCCCAGCGCGUCACCUCCGUCCUCGUGGAGCUCGAGUGCCCCGGCCUGGACCCGCCCUUCCGACUCAAGAAGAUCCAGAAGGUGAAGCAGUGCAGAUGCAUGUCCGUGAACCUGAGCGACUCGGACAAGCAGUGAGCGCCGGGCCCCACGCAGCUCAGCCCCGCGCGCCCGGCAGCUGGGAGGCGCCGCCGCCGCCGCCUCUGUCCCUGCCCUCCGAGCCCACUCUCACGCUGCCUGGUGCCCCCCUCAGCAGCAAGCACGUCUCUUAGGGCUGACGGUGUCCUUGUCACAAACGUGGAUCGCAAGUGGAGCUUUUGCUGAUGUUUUCCUGACCGACCCCGGGCCCCGCCUGCACCUCCCACACCAGGUGGUGGAUCAGGCCCGAAGGCAAAUGCUGGAAAUCACCACCCGCCACCCAGCAGUCCGAGAGGACCUUUCGAGGUGAUGCACUGCAAAUCCGGCAUGGAUGUUUCCACCAUGUGGAAAAGCGAGGAUUUCCCUGCCCGCCCCUGCACUCCAGCCCGCCCAGUUCCUGCGCGCAGUGGAGGAUGCGUCCCUUUUCUGAGCUGCCCCUCAGACCUCUCCUGCUGGUCCCUGGACCUCGGGCUGGGGGCGCUCAUUCUUGUGACUGGCAGGCUGCCCUCGGUUGCUGCUGUGAUGUGGAUAUGUACAACCUCCAUAAAUAAGUACGGGGAUAGGGGCGUCUCCUAACAAACCGAUACCAGGAAGACAACUCGAGCCGCUUGGAUCCCGAAGUGGGCUUCCCGGGGAACCCUGAGCACAGCAGGCUACACUCUCCCCACCCUCCGUCACCACCACCUCUUCUUCCUCACUAUCCCCACCCCCGAUUUGUGGACUAAAGAUGAACUCCGGUGUGCAUGCUAUUAUUGCUGCAAUUAGAAUAUUAUCACACACACAAAGUCUCCAUAUUAACGCUGGUUUUAUAAGUGACCGUAUAUUGUAAAGAGCUGUUUAAAAAGUAUUAUAGACCUAUUCAUGUAUUAUUUCACAGAUUUUGACUCUGUCUUGCAGCACCAUUCUGAGUAAGGAUGAGAGCAGGGGAUGAUCUGCCCAGAAGGUGUUUUACUCAGAAAAAAAAAAACCUGGUCAGCAAUUCACUGUCAUGCACCUAUUUUAGAUUGGGCAGGGAGAUAGACGGAGUCGUGUUUUUUACUUUGAAUAUUAUUUCACUGAAGGUACUAAAGCAUUGCAGCACAAAGUAGAAAUUGGUUUGGGAUGGAUAGGUACAGGGAGAGGCAUUCGCUGGGAAAUCGAUGACCAGAAACUCGAAAGCCCCUAUAAUGUGGAAUACGCAUACGUGGGGUGAAACGGUAUACUAUUCUCACUGCCAUGACACUAAGCAAAAAAUCUUUCGUGUUAAAAGAAAGAGAAAAAGAGAGGGAUAUUUAAAAAUAUAAGGAGUUGAGUUGCUUUGUGGUAUAGGAGGGAGAAGGAAUAAAAUAUAUGGAAUAGUAAUCUAGCUGAACUGUUCUGCACAAAACAACAUGCUUCCUUUUCAAAGAAUAGACUUCAAAGGUGACGAACAAACAUUAGGUCACUUUUGUUUUGAGACGGAUUAUUGCUCUGUCACCCAGGAUGGAGUGCAAUGGCAUGGUCUCAGCUCACUGCAACUUCCGACUCCCUGGUUCAAGCGAUUCUCCUGCCUCAGCCUCCCAGGAAGCUGGAACUACAGGUUCCAGGUGCCAUCAUACCCAGCUAAUUUUUGUUUUUUGUUUUUUUUUUUUUUGUUUCUGUUUUUGUUUUUGAGACGGAGUUUCGCUCUUGUUACCCAGGCUGGAGUGCAAUGGCGCGAUCUGGGCUCACUGCAACCUCCGCCUCCUGGGUUCAGGCAAUUCUCCUGCCUCAACCUCCUGAGUAGCUGGGAUUACAGGCACGCGCCACCGUGCCCAGCUAAUUUUUUGUAUUUUUAGUAGAGAAGGGGUUUCACCAUGUUGACCAGGAUGGUCUCGAUCUCUUGACAUCGUGUUCCACCCGCCUCGGCCUCCCAAAGUGCUGGGAUUAGAAGCGUGAGCCACCGCGCCCAGCCAAUUUUUGUAUUUUUAGUAGAGAUGGGGUUUCACCAUGUUGUCCAGGAUGUUCUCGAUCUCCUGACCUCGUGAUUGGCCCAUCUCUGCCUCCCAAAGUGCUGGGAUUACAGGUGUGAGCCACCUUGCCCAGCCACCUUUUGUUUUUAUAAUGAAUUGUAACUUUCUAUGUUGUGGUCUCUUGAUAGAAGGAAGUAGACAUAACUUAUUUCCAGCGAAAUUAUACUUCCUCUGGUUCCCUUUGCUCAGUUGCCCCAGGAAGGCUUCCCUGUGAGUAAUGCUUAUGGAAUCUGACAAAUGUGAAUGAGCUGCCAUUGGUGGGAAUCAGUACACUUUGAAAACCUUUCACUGAUGCUUCCCCACAAAGUGCUCCUGUGGAGGGGUCAUUCCCUAGUAUGUGAGAGAGACCUUCUGCAAGCUGCUGCAGAGACUUAGCUUCCUGAUGCUGGGUGGUGGCAGUGGAUCUAGAGGAUUGGGGUGGGGUGGGUUGGUGAAUCUAUUUCAGGUCACUGCACUACAAGGUUCAUUUCUGUCAUUUCUGAAACACCGUGAGAGCUGAGCAAGAAUGUGCUGCUGCAGAGGGGAUCUUGGUUUUGUAAAUGGGCAUAUACAGCCUGAACUCAGGAGGCAGAAAUCAAAAGAAAUCCUUGAGGGCUGGAACCUGAGGAUGGGAAGAAAAUGUAGAGAAGGGUGUUCAAGGUAAGGAUUGAUUUUUGCAUUUAGCAGAAAACCUCAAGUCAGACUCAGUGGCAGAACAAGCAGCAGAAAAGCUCUGAAGGAAGGAAAUUUUUGUGAUUGAAAUGGAGGCUAAUGGGGCGAAUUGGGAGGUGAGUGGAGGAGAGUCUCUGACCAGCUGCAGUCAACCCCUAUCAUUUGUUAACAUGGAACCCAUACAGAUAGGGGAGGGAUUAAGCUAAGAACUUACAGAAUGCAAACACGAGCACACUCUCUUUGAACCCAAUUGUGGGUGUAGCAAUGAAAGCAAUAUGAUAUGCUGCGGUGUAGUGUGAAGCUCCUUCUGGGGGUUCUCAUAUGUAAAAAGUUUACCUUAUAAUGGCUCAAAUUGUAUUUAAUUUUUUUGUUUUGUUUAUAAAUGAAGAAAAGCUAUAAGUAUAAUGUAAUUAUUUUAUAGGUAUACUAUUAAAUUAUAGAACAAAUAAAGAUAAUCUAGGAAUAUAUGUGAUCCCAGUGUGAUGUGCCAUAAAAGAGGAAUUUUUAACUUGUUUCAGUGAGCCGUGACGCAGCACUGUGCAUUCAAGAGUGUUUUUGUUCAACCAUGUUGAGUUCAACCCCUAGCUCAUGUCACGUAAUCUCCUUUGGGAUCUGGAAUCUUCUAAGAGAAUUAGAAUCAGGCAUCCAAGGAGAAGAAGUGAUGGAGGUGGCACUCAGUCCUGGUCUUUGGGAGCUUCCAAGCCUCUUCCAGAUCCCUGCCAGCUGAAGACAGAGUUUUGUCACUGUGCUGGCUGAAUGAGAAACCAUAGCAAGGAAGCCUUGAGAAACAGCUGCAAAUGGAAGUCCACCGUUAGUGUCCUCUUCAGCAGCAGGACACACUUGUCCCGAGUUUUGUUUAUUUUCACAUUUACUUCUCAUGAGUGCCAACAUUUCUUAAUUUAAAUAUUACUUAGUUUACAGUGUCUCCAUUUUCCUAUUAAUUGACUUAAUCUGCCAUUCUAGAAAACUCAAUUAUCAAUAAAAAGUAAAAUCCAUAAUCAAAUUGCCCAUGGUUGAUUCACUGUGUUUAAUUCAAAGGAACUAAACUCUACUUUCUAGUAAAUAAUUCAUCUUGGUUUAUUAAAAGGGACAGACUAGUUCACUGUGUGCUAACAUAUUUUGACCCACUUGUUUUUGAAGUUGGCCAACUGGUUUUUAAGUUAUAAAGUCAAUGAAAAUGACUUUUGCUAUUGUGUGAACAAUUUAGAAUGUGUAUACUCCCAGAAAGCUUAUUUAAUGAUUGAUCUUUCACCACUGAUUAUUAAUGUCUGCAUGAGCAAUAAUAAUGAUAAUGCAAUGAAAACUUUUUAAGUGAAAGCAAGUUUAUUAAGAAAGCAAAGGAAUAAAGAAUGCCUACUUCACAGGCAGAGCAGCCUAAA